UUUCUACGUAACAUAACAUAUCUCAACCUCUAAAAUUUAAGUCUUAAUAAUUUAAUCACAUUCAAAUCAAGAAGAAUAAUUAUGGGUUCAUUAUCAGAAAUUAAGAUGCGAAAACCACAUGCUGUGUGUAUCCCUUACCCUGCACAAGGUCACAUAAAUCCCAUGUUACAACUAGCCAAACUCCUUCAUUCUAAAGGCUUUCAUAUUACCUAUGUAAACACUGAGUACAAUCAUAGCCGGUUGAUUCGCACCCGCGGGCCAUCAGCUGUUGCUGAUCGCCCGUCUUUCCGGUUCGAAACAAUACCCGAUGGGCUGCCCCCGAGUGAUGAUGUUGACUCCACUCAGGAUGUCCCAGCACUUUGUGCUUCUGUUGAGACUAAUUGUCUUGGUCCGUUUAGGAGUGUACUCGCCCGUCUCAAUGAGACGGCCGAUGUGCCUCCUGUGAGUUGUGUAGUGUCUGAUGGUGCUAUGUUUUUUACGAUUGAUGCGGCUCAAGAGUUGGGCGUACCAAUUGUGUUGCUUUGGACUGCUAGUGUUUGUGGCUUCUUGGGUUAUGCUCAGUAUGAAAAGCUUGUGGAAUUAGGACAAAUUCCCUUUAAAGAUGCAAACUUUUCCACAAAUGGUGACCUUGAAGCAGUCUUAGAUUGGGUACCCGGAAUGAAGGACAUUCGACUACGUGACAUGCCAAGUUUUGUUAGGACCACGGACCCUAACGAACUUAUGCUCAAUUAUGUGCAACGAUUAGUCCAUAACUCGAAAAGAGCUACCGCGAUCCUCUAUAAUUCCUUUGAUGCAUUGGAGCACGAAGCUCUCCAAUCGUUCUCUUCCGAUUUCCCUCCAUUUUACGCGUUAGGACCCUUCCAGCUCUUACUCGAUUCUCUAGAGGCCGCCAAAAACGAAGAAAUUGAAUCAAUUAGUACAAGUCUAUGGAAAGAAGAUCCACAUUGCCUAGAAUGGCUUGACUCCUAUGAGCGUAACUCUGUUGUUUACGUUAAUUUUGGGAGUAUUACUGUUAUGACUAAUGAUCAAUUGAUAGAAUUUGCUUGGGGACUUGCUAAUAGUAACCAACCCUUUCUUUGGAUUACUCGGCCUGAUUUAGUCACAGGAGAUUCGGCUGUUCUCCCACCGGAGUUUUUGGAAGAGACGAAAGGCAGGGGACUUAUAAGUAGUUGGUGUAAUCAAGAGAAAGUUUUAGCACACCCCGCUAUAAGAGGGUUUCUGACACAUUGUGGUUGGAACUCGACAAUAGAGAGUUUAAUCAAUGGGGUUCCUAUCAUAUGUUGGCCAUUUUUCGCCGAGCAACAGACUAAUUGUUGGUAUUCUUGCACCAAGUGGGGAAUUGGAAUGGAGAUCGAUACGAAUGUGAAGAGGAGUGAAGUUGAGAGGCAAGUGAGGGAGUUAAUGGCAGGGGAAAAAGGGAAGGACAUGAAGAGAAAUGCUAUUGAAUGGAAAAGAUUGGCUAAUGAGGCUAUUGCUACUCCAAAUGGAUCAUCUUGCAACAAUUUGGACGAGGUCAUAAAAGUGCUAGGGUCCCUUUAAUAAAAGUUUGAUCAAGUUUUGAAUUAUAGCUAUACAUCUAGUCGGAUGUGAUUUGUGCGAUUCAGAUAUUUCUAAAUUUCCCCCCAUAAAUUUGUGUGCGUGUGUUUUUUAAUUUUUUUUUUUUUUUUUUUUUAAAAAUGUUUGAUACAAAAGUAUAUGUUAUUUUGACAAUUACCACCUUCUGUUAUGUCCAUUUUAGCAAUUACCACCUUGUAUUUUUUUUUUUUUUAAAAUUACCACCUUCUACUUUCAAAAACAUCAAAAGUUACCACCUUCUUGCCCUCCAACUACCACAUGACGUCAUUUUGGGCCCAUUCUUUCCCUUCCUUCCCUAUUUCCCUCACAUUUCUCAUUCUUAUUUGGAUUCUCAUCUCCCCUUUCACUUUUUUUCCCCCAAACCACCAAUAAUUGUUCGUCAAUUUUGAUUUGGAGGAGUGAAUUGAAGUGUUUUUGAUUGUUUGGGGGAAAAAAGUGAAAGGGGGGAUGAGAAUCGAGUUAGGAAUGAGAAAUGUGAGGGAAAUAGGGAGGAAAGGGAAAGAAUGAGCCCAAAAUGAUGUCAUGUAGUAGUUAGGAGGCAAGAAGGUGGUAACUUUUGAUGUUUUUGAAAAUAGAAGGUGGUAAUUUUCAAAAAAAAAAUAAAAAAUAGAAGGUGGUAAUUACUAAAAUGGACUAAACAGAAGGUGGUAAUUGUCAAAAUUUCCAAAAGUAUAUUGUAAGAAUCUUGGGUUGUUUUGUUUAAUUGAUUAAUAUUUUAACAUGUAAUAUUUAUAUCCA